UCGACACGUAGGAACCAAAACAAAACAAUUUGGGAACAAAAACAAAAUGGAUUCGGAAGCUGUGGGACCUGUGUUUCUCUUCAGAGAACAAAUAACCAAGAUAUUAAGCGAGACGCCAGCGGGGUAUAUAAAACCCACCGAUCCACCCUCACCAAGCCUGCCGCCCUUCAAGAAACUGGGAGUUCUGGUGGAAAUUGAUGAUAUAGUGGGCGACCAUGAGAAGGCGAUGAAAAUCAGUGAUAAAGAGCAAUCCUACAGCUGCGCGGAAUGUCGCAGGAUGUUGCCCACAGCCCAUUUGCUGGAUUUGCACAUCACCGAGCAGCACGACUUCUACUUCGCCGCCAGCGUGGAUCGAGGGGAUAAGCCCAUGUUUGCCUGCUUCCUGGAGGAGUGCACCACCAAGUUUCAUACCCCUCGCCAGCGCAAGGAUCAUUGUAUAAUAGUACACAAGUUUCCGGCCAACUAUAGGUUCGAUCAGGGCAAGGAGAAGGCCAAGGAGAAGCGUAAACCCAAAAGCAAAACGAAUUCCAUGGAGGUGGACGAGGUGCCCGCGGAGCCCACAAGUUUGCCCUAUAUCAAGGCCUUCAGUUUUGGCCACCAAACGCAUAGGACUUUCUAUACCCGCAAGGUUCACAAAUCUGGCGAAACCCUCGAAGAUGUCCAAUCCAUGAAGGAUGCCAUCAAUGAUAUCUUGGAUUAGAUAUUUAUACAACUAUUUAUUUUGCGAAUGAAGCAGCUUUAUCAUUAUCCUGGUACAACUACAUUAGUCUGUUAGCGGAAACAUGGUAGAUCAUUUUGCCUUGGCACUGGGCCUGUAAAUAAAAUUGAGUUUUAUUGUUGA